AAUAAAGUACCAGGAGGGAGCCUUUGGAGAGAAGGACAACCGGGACUUUCCCCCAGGUCUCCUGCAUCGGCAAAGCGGUGAAAGACGCAAACUCUGGAAGUACGAGACCCCAGGGUUCCACAGGGUUAACAGAAAUUGAUCCGUUUUGCUUUUUAACACCCGAAGGGGAGAGGGGAGACCAGGGGCGGGCAGACAGGGACUGUGUUUGUGCGUGUGUGUCCGGGAGAGGGAGGAGGUGCUAAGGUACAGCCUGCGUGGCUCAGCGCCUGGCAGGCUGCGUGUGUCCCUGUCCGCGCUGCUGAAACGGGCUCUUCGAGGGAUCGGCGUCACAUGACUCCGCCUGCCCCUCACCAGUGAAGCAGCUCCCCACUCCCUCAGUUUCCCAGGUGCCGAGGGGCAGAGUCCUGUGGCAUCUCCUGGGCCCCAGGGCUCUGUGAAGCGGAGAAGAGGUCUCGGCAGGGAAUGGUACAUCUGGAUUGCAGAAGUCGUGGCUAGGCGCCAAGUCCCGGAGUGUAGACAUUUGGGGGGGAGGGGACAGCGAAAAGGAGCGAGCCAGUGCCAGAGAGAGGCAGCACGCAGCGCACUGACUGGGGGCUGCCGGGGCCACGGAGAAGAUGUAAGCGCGGGGGUCUAGCUGGCCUCGGAGCACCAUGCAGAAGGGGAUCCGGCUGAACGAUGGCCACGUUGCGUCCCUGGGGCUGCUGGCGCGCAAGGACGGCACGCGCAAAGGCUACCUGAGCAAACGGAGUUCGGACAAUACAAAAUGGCAAACCAAGUGGUUCGCGCUGCUGCAGAACCUGCUCUUCUACUUCGAAAGCGACUCCAGCUCGCGGCCCUCAGGGCUCUACCUGCUGGAGGGCUGCGUCUGCGAUCGCGCGCCCUCCCCCAAGCCUGCGCUCUCAGCCAAGGAACCUCUGGAGAAACAGCAUUACUUCACGGUUAACUUCAGCCACGAGAACCAGAAGGCCUUGGAGCUGAGGACAGAGGAUGCGAAGGACUGUGACGAGUGGGUGGCGGCAAUUGCUCAUGCAAGCUACCGGACCCUGGCCACUGAGCACGAGGCUCUGAUGCAGAAGUACCUGCACCUCCUGCAGAUCGUGGAGACGGAGAAGACGGUGGCCAAGCAGCUGCGGCAGCAGAUCGAGGAUGGGGAGAUCGAGAUCGAGCGGCUGAAGGCAGAGAUCGCGUCCCUGCUCAAGAACAAAGAUCGGAUCCAGGCCACGCAGACCAUCACCCCAAUCGACGAGGACAGUGACAUCAAGAAAAUCAAGAAGGUGCAGAGCUUCCUGCGCGGCUGGCUGUGCCGGCGCAAGUGGAAGACCAUCAUCCAGGACUACAUCCGCUCGCCGCACGCCGACAGCAUGCGCAAGCGCAACCAGGUGGUGUUCAGCAUGCUGGAGGCCGAGGCCGAGUACGUGCAGCAGCUGCACAUCCUGGUCAACAACUUCCUGCGCCCGCUGCGCAUGGCCGCCAGCUCCAAGAAGCCCCCCAUCACGCACGACGACGUCAGCAGCAUCUUCCUCAACAGCGAGACCAUCAUGUUCCUGCACCAGAUCUUCUACCAGGGCCUGAAGGCCCGCAUCUCCAGCUGGCCCACUCUGGUCCUGGCCGACCUGUUCGACAUCCUGCUGCCCAUGCUCAACAUCUACCAGGAGUUUGUGCGCAACCACCAGUACAGCCUGCAGAUCCUGGCGCACUGCAAGCAGAACCGCGACUUCGACAAGCUGCUCAAGCACUACGAGGCGAAGCCCGACUGUGAGGAGAGGACGCUGGAGACCUUCCUCACCUACCCCAUGUUCCAGAUCCCCAGGUACAUCCUGACGCUGCACGAGCUCCUGGCCCACACCCCACACGAGCACGUGGAGCGCAACAGCCUGGACUACGCCAAGUCCAAGCUGGAGGAACUGUCCAGGAUAAUGCAUGACGAGGUCAGCGAGACGGAGAACAUCCGGAAAAACUUGGCCAUCGAGCGCAUGAUUAUCGAGGGCUGUGAGAUCCUGCUGGACACCAGCCAGACCUUCGUGAGACAAGGGUCCCUCAUCCAGGUGCCCAUGUCAGAGAAGGGCAAGAUCACCAGGGGGCGCCUGGGCUCGCUGUCCCUGAAGAAGGAAGGUGAGCGGCAGUGCUUCCUCUUCUCCAAGCACCUCAUCAUCUGCACCCGGGGCUCGGGCGGGAAGCUGCACCUCACCAAGAACGGGGUCAUAUCCCUCAUCGACUGCACCCUGCUGGAAGACCCGGAAAGCACCGAGGAAGAAGCCAAAGGGUCCGGCCAGGACAUGGACCGCCUGGACUUUAAGAUCGGGGUGGAGCCGAAGGACUCCCCGUCCUUCACGGUCAUCCUCGUGGCCUCAUCCCGCCAGGAGAAGGCGGCGUGGACCAGCGACAUCAGCCAGUGUGUGGACAACAUCCGGUGCAACGGCCUCAUGAUGAACGCCUUUGAGGAGAACUCCAAGGUCACGGUGCCGCAGAUGAUCAAGUCCGACGCCUCCCUGUACUGCGACGAUGUGGACAUCCGCUUCAGCAAGACCAUGAACUCCUGCAAAGUGCUGCAGAUCCGCUACGCCAGCGUGGAGCGGCUGCUGGAGCGGCUGACGGACCUGCGCUUCCUGAGCAUCGACUUCCUCAACACCUUCCUGCACUCCUACCGCGUCUUCACCUCGGCCCUGGUGGUGCUGGACAAGCUCAUCACCAUCUACAAGAAGCCCAUCAGCGCCAUCCCCGCCAGGUCGCUGGAGCUCCUGUUCGCCAGUGGCCAGAACACCAAGCUCCUGUACGGGGAGCCCCCCAAAUCCCCCCGCGCCACCCGCAAGUUCUCCUCGCCGCCACCGCUGUCCCUCACCAAGAAGUCCUCACCCAGCCGCCAGCGCAAGCUGUCCCUGAACAUCCCCAUCAUCACGGGCGGCAAGGCCCUGGACCUGGCCGCGCUCGGCUGCAGCUCCAACGGCUACACCGGCGUGUACUCGGCCAUGUCGCCCUUCAGCAAGGCCGCGCUGGACACCAGCAAGCUGUACGUGUCCAGUGGCUUUGCCAACAAGAUUGCAGACGAGGGAGAUACGGCCACCGAGAAGCCGGAGGAGCCCUCGGCACUCAGCAAGCAGAGCUCGGAUGUCUCCGUGAGGGAAGAGUCCGACACCGACCCAAACCAGAGCGACGACGCCGACACGGAGACCUCACCCAGCAAAUCUCCCACGACGCCAAAAUCGGUGAAGAGCAAAAAUUCCUCAGAGUUCCCGCUCUUCUCCUACAACAACGGGGUCGUCAAGACGUCCUGUCGCGAGCUGGAGAACAGCCGCAGCAGCCUGUCCGCAGCCUCCGCCUUCGCCAUCGCGACCGCGGGCGCCAACGAGGGCACCCCCAGCAAGGAAAAGUACCGGAGGAUGUCCUUGGCCACCGCAGCAGGGUUUCCCUCCGACCAGAGGCACGGAGACAAGGAGUUCGUGAUCCGCAGAGCGGCCACCAACCGAGUCCUGAAUGUGCUCCGGCACUGGGUGUCCAAGCACUCGCAGGACUUUGAGAGCAACAAGAAGCUCAAGCGCAAGGUGAUUAGUUUCCUGGAAGAGGUCAUGCGCGACCCGGAGCUCCUGUCGCAGGAGCGGAAGGCUGCCGGCAACAUCGUCAGGACUCUGACGCAGGAGGACCCGGGGGACAAUCAGAUCACGCUGGAGGAGGUCAUGCAGAUGGCCGCGGGCGUGAAGGCCGAGCCCUUUGAAAACCACUCGGCGCUGGAGAUCGCGGAGCAGCUGACGCUGCUGGACCACCUGGUCUUCCGGAAGAUCCCUUACGAGGAGUUCUUCGGGCAAGGCUGGAUGAAGCUGGAGAAGAACGAGCGGACCCCUUACAUCAUGAAAACCACCAAGCACUUCAACGACAUCAGUAACCUGAUCGCUUCGGAAAUCAUCCGCAGCGAGGACAUCGGCGCGAGGGUGAGCGCCAUCGAGAAGUGGGUGGCGGUGGCCGACAUCUGCCGCUGCCUGCACAACUACAACGCGGUGCUGGAGAUCACGUCCUCCAUGAACCGCAGCGCCAUCUUCCGGCUGAAAAAGACGUGGCUCAAAGUCUCUAAGCAGACCAAAGCUCUGAUUGAUAAGCUCCAAAAGCUUGUGUCCUCGGAGGGCAGAUUUAAGAAUCUGAGAGAGGCUCUGAAAAACUGCGACCCGCCCUGCGUCCCUUACCUGGGCAUGUACCUCACCGACCUGGCCUUCAUCGAGGAGGGGACGCCCAACUACACGGAGGAUGGCCUGGUCAACUUCUCCAAGAUGAGAAUGAUAUCCCACAUUAUCCGGGAGAUUCGCCAGUUUCAACAAACUGCCUACAAAAUAGAGCACCAAGCAAAGGUGACCCAGUAUUUACUGGACCAGUCUUUUGUGAUGGACGAGGAAAGCCUCUACGAGUCUUCUCUCCGGCUAGAACCCAAGCUGCCCACCUGAAGCCGCCCCGCCCAGAACCCAAUGCUCCCCAGAGACCCGCUGUAGGAUUCUGUACAUAGUCGUUUGGUUUCUCUGGAUUUCCAUCUCUAGUACCUGCUUCUCCAAGAACACAAACCCACUCUUGUUCUUAGACUCCCAUAGAGCCAGACUAGGACUCUCCGAGCCGGUCCUGACGUCGUGCAAACACUCCCCCAUCUCCCUCUGCUCCUGUUUCCUGACACUGUCUCCUGGUCUCUCCGCCCGCCCCUUGCUCUUCCUGAAGGGCACGCAGAACCGUGCAUCCAUGACUCUUAGGAAAAGUCCUGCUUCUGUCCUCCCCCAGCCCAGGCCCUGGGCUGAGUGGCCUCCCUCCCAGCAUGUCCCAUUAGUCGUUAAAACUGGGUGGGGGGUGGGGGAGGCGGGAGGGGGAGCCACACACCCUGACGUCCUGCCAGUUCCCAAAGCAGCUUUGCCAGCCAAGGUCGCAGGUCUCAGAGCUCCCCCGUCCCCCGGGCACCCACCGGGCCGGAAGGGAUCCCUCUCCUCAGACAACCGCGCUAAUGCUGCGCCCCCAGCCCCGGCCUGGGGGCGGGCGUCGGGACACCACGCCCUUCUCGCUGCGUGACCGACAGCACAUCGGCUGCACCAGCAGCAGCAUCUCCGUCCACCGCACCCGACGAGGCUCCGGGAAGGCGCCAAGGACAACGGAAUCGCCACACCAAGUCGACCCCUGCCGACCGCCGCCCUGCGUCCACUGCAAGUCGGGAACACAAACGGAGGUCACGUCCCCUCUUUCCGACGCCUGACGGCCCCUCCCAGCUUACGUUGAGAUGCUACGCCUCGUGAACACAGCGCCACACUGUAGAGCUUAGGACACCCACCGCCGCGUGUUUGUACUGCACUCACUGUAGUCCUGUCCACACGCCCCCCCGCGGGAAGGUAGUACGGUAGUGCUUACUCUGUGAAUACCAUGCCUAUUUUUUACACUGUACAGCCCCGGCGACGCAGGUUAGCUCCGGGGUGGCAGGCAUGCUCCACCCCCACGUGGACCUUUCCGCCGUCAGCAAUACCUAGUGGUAUGAGAAUUCUAUUUCCAGUCCCAGACUAUUUCCACUUACAGCUUGUUUGGAGAAAAAAAAAAAAAGGAGUUUCCAUUUUUGUAACAAUAUAUGUUUCCUGAUUACCUCUUGCUAAUAAAUCUAUUCUAUCUCAGGGUGAA